AUGGCCUGGUUUGCCCUCCACCUCCUGAACCUUCUCUGGGCUAUGGCUGGGACCAGCACUCAGACCCAGAGCUCAUGCUCUGUUCCCUCCGCAGAGCAGCCCUUGGUUAACGGUAUACAAGUGCUUAUGGAGAACUCUGUGACCAACUCAUCCCUCCCAAACCCCAGCAUCUUGAUUGCCAUGAACCUGGCCGGAGCCUACAACUUGGAGACCCAGAAGCUGCUAACGUACGAGCUCAUGGACAGUGACACAGAAGACAUGACCAUUGGUCAGCUCGCUCUCACCAUCAUGGCCCUCACCUCCUCCUGCCGAGACUCUGGGGAUAGAGUAUCAAUUCUACAGAAACAAAUGGAAAGCUGGGCACCUUCAAGCUCCAAUGCCCAGGCUUUGACCUUCUAUGAGCCCAGUCUGGCAAUCUUGGCACUGUGCCAGAAGAACCCUGAGGCGACCUUACCAAUAGCGGCCCGCUUUGCCAAGAGCUUGCUGGCCAAUACCUCUCCGUUCAACAUGGACACGGGAGCAGUGGCAACCUUGGCUCUGACCUGUAUGUACAACAAGAUCCCUGUAGGUUCAGAGGAAGGUUACAAAGCCCUGUUUGUUCAGGUACUGAAGAAUAUUGUGGAGAAUAUCAGCACAAGAAUCAAAGACGAUGGCAUCAUUGGAAGCAUCUACAGUACUGGCCUUGCUAUGCAGGCUCUCUCUGUAACACCUGAGCAACCUACCACAGAGUGGAACUGCCAAGAAACUGUGGAUACAAUACUUAACGAGAUUGAGCAGGGGAAAUUCCAAAACCCUAUGUCCAUUGCCCAAAUCCUCCCUUCCCUGAAAGACAAGACAUACCUGGAUGUGCCCUAUCUGUCUUGCAGCUCUGAUUAUGAGGAGCAACCAACUCUACCCAAUGAGCCAAGCCCUGCUCCCACCUCAGCAUCCAACAUCACUGUCACAUACACCAUAAAUAACCAGCUGAGGGGGGUGGACCUGCUCUUCAAUGUGACCAUCGACGUUAGUGUGAAAAGCGGAUCAGUGCUCCUUGUUGUCCUAGAGGAAGCACAGCGCAAAAAUUCCAUGUUCAAAUUUGAAACCACAAUGACAUCUUGGGGCCCUAUGGUCUCAUCUAUCAACAAUAUCGCUGAAAAUGUUAAUCACAAGACAUACUGGCAAUUCCUUAGUGGCAAUACUCCUUUGAAUGAAGGAGUUGCUGACUACAUACCCUUUGACCACGAGCACAUCACAGCCAAUUUCACACAGUACUAA